AAGAGAAAGAAAAUAAAGAUGGUGGUCUGAAUCUGAAGUUUGCGCAGUAGGAAUGUACAUUUUUAUGAAAUUAAAAGGUUUCUGUGAUGUUUCGAUGAAAAAUAUAUUAUAAUGUCGACUCCUGUGUCGAAUCGCAAAUAUGGAGCACAAAAAGUUCGACUCACAAUUCUGUGUGCAAGAAACUUGGUCCGAAGGGAUCUUUUUCGUUUGCCAGAUCCUUUCGCCAAAAUAUCAGUGGAUGGUAGUGGACAAGUGUAUUCAACAAAUGCUGUGAAAGCUACACUUGAUCCAAAAUGGAAUACACAUUACGAUUUAUAUCUCACUAAAGGAGAUGGUAUUACGAUCAGUGUUUGGAAUCAACGAAAAGUGCAUAAAAGACAAGGAUCCGGAUUCUUAGGAUGUGUUCGAAUACAACCUUCCACAGUGCACAAAUUGAAAGACACGGGAUAUCAAUGUUUGGAGCUGUGCGAGGACGGGUCUGGGGAAACCUGCGGUGUCCGCGGCCAGGUCAUAGUGUCCUUGCUGUCCCGCGACGGCGCGCGAGGGGAGCCGGCUUCCGCCGCGGGCGAGGGAUCUCCCCUAGCCGUGGUGGGGCCCGCGGGAGACGUGAGGUCGCCACGUGACCCGCCCGUCAACACCAACGCGAACCAGACGCCGCUGCCGCCGCAUUGGGAAGAGCGGUUCACUGCAAGUGGCAGGCCAUACUACGUAAACCACGCGCUCCGCCGUACGCAAUGGGAGCGGCCGGCGCUAGAGGCGGCAAGUCCCGGGUCUCCGCCGACCACGUCGCCACCAUCGUCGCCUUCGCCACCCGGCGUCGCGUCGCCUGCCACCACCCUGUCGCCUGCGUCACCCUCGUCACCUGUGUCGGACACCGAUGUCAAUGUCUCCACUUCCAUAUCGUUAAGACCGGAGCCGCAACCCCAGACGGCGGUGCGUUCGCGGCAGGUGAACACGGCGGACCCGGGGAGUCCCACCAACGCCCCGGCGCCUACCACCUCCGUAGCGGCAACCGAUCUGCCCCCCGGCUAUGAAAUGCGCACGACCGCGCAAGGCCAAGUAUACUUCUACAACCGCGUGACGGGCGCAUCGACUUGGCACGACCCACGCGUUCCACAACAUUUGCGUCACUGCGCCGCCGCCGCCGGCCCGCUGCCACCCGGCUGGGAGAUGCGCCACGCGCCCUCCGGCCGGCCCUACUUCGUGGACCACAACAACCGCACCACGCAGUUCACUGACCCGCGCCUCGCGCUGUCUCUGCGACUGGUGAGCUGGGAGAUGCGCCACGCGCCCUCCGGCCGGCCCUACUUCGUGGACCACAACAACCGCACCACGCAGUUCACUGACCCGCGCCUCGCGCUGUCUCUGCGGCUGGUGAGUCUUAUGUGCGGUGUGAUAAGGAUCAUAAUCGCAACACUUGCGCUGCCGCCGGGCUGGGAGAUGCGCCACGCGCCCUCCGGCCGGCCCUACUUAGUGGACCACAACAACCGCACCACGCAGUUCACUGACCCGCGCUGGGAGAUGCGCCACGCGCCCUCCGGCCGGCCCUACUUUGUGGACCACAACAACCGCACCACGCAGUUCACUGACCCGCGCCUCGCACUGUCUCUGCGGCUGGAGGGGCUCGACUACGGCGGCGUGGCGCGCGAGUGGCUCCAUCUGCUGGGCAGGGAACUGUUCAACCCGCAGUACGGGCUGUUCCAGUACGCCAACGCUGGCGAUGACAGAUACGCGCUGCAGAUCAACGCUGAUUCUGGGUUUCGCGGCGAGGAGGGGCUCGACUACGGCGGCGUGGCGCGCGAGUGGCUCCAUCUGCUGGGCAGGGAGCUGUUCAACCCGCAGUACGGGCUGUUCCAGUACGCCAACGCUGGCGAUGACAGAUACGCGCUGCAGAUCAACGCCGAUUCUGGGUUCCGCGGCGAGGAGGGGCUCGACUACGGCGGCGUGGCGCGCGAGUGGCUCCAUCUGCUGGGCAGGGAACUGUUCAACCCGCAGUACGGGCUGUUCCAGUACGCGAACGCUGGCGAUGACAGAUACGCGCUGCAGAUCAACGCUGAUUCAGGGCUUUGCUUUACUAGAGUGAUGCAGGAUGCUAGUGAUCAAAACGAGUGGGUGUACAAAAACGAAGCAGUUCUUGAAAAUAUGACCACAAUCGCAAUACUUGCGUUGCCGCCAGGCUGGGAGAUGCGCCACGCGCCCUCCGGCCGGCCCUACUUCGUGGACCACAACAACCGCACCACGCAGUUCACUGACCCGCGCCUCGCGUGUGUUAAGGAUCACAAUCGCACCACCUGCGUCACUGCGCCGCCGCCGGGCUGGGAGAUGCGCCACGCGCCCUCCGGCCGGCCCUACUUCGUGGACCACAACAACCGCACCACGCAGUUCACUGACCCGCGUCUCGCGCUAUCUCUGCGACUGCCGCCGCCCGACCCUGCUCCCCCCGCCGCGUCGCCGCCGCCGGCGCCCGCGGCCGCGCCGGCCAGCAGCGAGCCGGCGGACGACGCGCUGCCCAAGUACAAGCGCGACCUGGCCGCCAAGGCGCGCGUGCUGCGCUCCGAGCUGCUCGUGCUGCAGCCGCAGACCGGACACUGCAGGAUAGAGGUCAGUGACCCUGAAGAUUAUGAUUACAAGCACGACCUGGCCGCCAAGGCGCGCGUGCUGCGCUCCGAGCUGCUCGUGCUGCAGCCGCAGACCGGACACUGCAGGAUAGAGCGCGACCUGGCCGCCAAGGCGCGCGUGCUGCGCUCCGAGCUGCUCGUGCUGCAGCCGCAGACCGGUCACUGCAUAUUGAGCUUUCCUCGAGAAAGGUCUGUGAUAGAUUUCAGUCACCAAUUUCCCAUACAAGUUGAUUACAAGCGCGACCUGGCCGCCGAGGCGCGCGUGCUGCGCUCCGAGCUGCUCGUGCUGCAGCCGCAGACCGGCCACUGCAGGAUAAGAGGGGGCGUGGCCCGCGAGUGGCUCCAUCUGCUGGGCAGGGAGCUGUUCAACCCGCAGUACGGGCUGUUCCAGUACGCCAACGCUGGCGAUGACAGAUACGCGCUGCAGAUCAAUGCUGAUUCAGGGGUGAACCCGGAACAUCUAUCAUACUUCCACUUCGCGGGACGCAUCCUGGGCGUGGCACUAUUCCACGGGCACCAACUCGACGCGGCCUUCACGGCGCCCUUCUACAAGCAGCUGCUCGGCCGCGCCAUCACGCUGCGAGACAUCCGCGAGGUCGACCCCGAGCUACACCGCUCGCUGUCCUGGAUGCUCGAGAACAGCAUCGCGGGCGUGAUCGACACGACUUUCUCAGUCGAGUGCUCUUCCUUCGGCGCCGUGCGCAGCGUGGAGCUCCGACCGGGCGGCGCCGCGGAGCCGGUGACGGACCAGAACAAGCGCGAAUACGUGCGUCUGUACGUCGCGCACCGCUUCACGCGCGGCGCUGAACGCCAGUGGCUGGCCUUACAGCGCGGGCUCACCGACAUUAUACCGCCGCAGCUGCUGCGACCGCUGUCGCCGCGCGAUCUGCAGCCGCUGCUGGCCGGCCGCUCCGACCUUGACCCGGCCGACUGGAGACGUCAUACGCGCCUCAAGCAUGUGGCGCCGGAUGCGCCGCUCGUGGGGUGGUUCUGGGAGGUGGUGGAGGAGUUCGACGCAGAGAUGCGCGCGCGCCUACUCCAGUUCGUGACGGGGUCGCGGCGCGUGCCGCUGGCCGGCUUCCGCGCGCUGCAGGGCUCCACGGGCGCCGCCGCGCCACGUCUGUUCACGCUGCACCUCGUCGCCGACGCGUCGCCCGACUCGCUGCCCAAGGCUCACACAUGCUUCAACCGCCUCGACCUACCACCCUACCCGACCAAGGAACGCCUCCACGAUAAACUCAAGCAGGCCGUGCUCGAAACCGCCGGCUUUGCGGUCGAGUGAUGGCUUCACUGCCCACGCUUCUCGGUUGUGUUCGCGUCGUUUCGGGCGAUAGAAAUAAAUGUCUCUUUCACUCCGACCGACCCGAAACGACAGUCGUAGUGUACUUUCGACGUAAAAUUGUACAGGUAUCUUUCUUUUAUGCUUUUAUCGUUCAGUGGGUCUAGACAAAGUGCAAAUUAUAAUCGCAAACCAGUCGCAAAGUGGUCGAAAAGCCCCUUUUUUGUAUGGAGUUUUGACGGAUUCGAUUUUCGAUUCGAUCAAAAAGUGCGUUUUGUCUAGGGGGGCAGUACGGGCAGGUAGUCUGUUAACAUAUUAUUUUAUUUACAUCUGCGUUCUUGAUUACGUUUGCAGAUGAUAUUUUUGAAUCAAACUGCUUAAUUUCAAGUGUUCAGAAGACAAAAUUUGACACCGCGCUACUCUAUUUGCUGAGUGUUAUUAAUAUGUAUAAUGAGACUGAUACAAAAUUGUAAAAAAACAUGACAUAAGUAAUAUUUAACAGACCACAUGAAUACUAUUUACUCGUUAGAAAAUUAUAUCGGUAGCCUUGAACUAUUUUAAAUCGAAUAGGGCAUGACUUUUUAAAUCAAUUUGUGUUCAUUAGUCGUACACAAAUUUUUGUUAUUUUAUUUUCGCGUAACUCAGUUUGUGGUUAGGUGUUGGUUGCACUUAAUAUUUGAAUGCACAUUUAUAUCGAAAACGAACACAUACACGUACAUGCAUGACUAACAAUUUGAUAGCACACCAUGCUCAAUAAUGGUAUACAUACAUUUCAUAGACUUUAAGGAAUAUCUUGAAUUUAUAAGAUUUUAUUACAUAAAUAAUUCUGUGCGAUUCUCCAGUGAAUAGCAUAUGGUCUAUUUUGUAUUUGCUGGGCUUCCUUUUUCAUGUUUUCUCAACUGUUACAGCUAGCGAUAUUUAUAUGUAACCUAGAUAUCAAUCUGUGUUAGUUAUAUUUUACAAUGCGGCACUAUUGUGUGAGAUGUACAAAACCGAACAUAUUGUAUGUAUUAGUAUUUUUAUAGUUAAUAUUAACAUGUUCAGUACAAAAUCUAAGAAUGCUGAUGUUAACAUUUUAUGUAUGUAUGUAAGUAAAACGAUGGGAUUAAUGCAUAAAUAAAGCUUUCGAAAGAGGUGAAUGCUCAUGAUGUUGGUGCCUUAUUAAUCUCAUAACAUUAAUAUGUAAAUAAAUCACAUUCAAGUUGCAAUAAA